GUCAUCAUGCAGCGCGCGCUCUACUAAACUGCAGUAAACUAUCACGUCGUCGCUGAGAAACACGGCGCUUCUUCCUGCUCACUAGAACUUCUCCUGCAUCCUGACACGGGAAAUACGAGGAGGUUGUGCAGCGAUAUGUCCUCAAAACUCGCUAAACCGUGCUGAAACGUUAACCGACAAAACAAACCAUUUCUUUCUUUUUCUUUUUUUUUUUUUGCUUUCCCCAGUGUACACACACACAUACACGCGCGCACGCGCGCGCAGGAAAAAGAUGUGAGCUCGCGCUCGAGACGGAAAGGCUACAUUUUUUAGCAUUGUGACAGAUGAGUAAAGCUAGCGACCGCCUUCUUGUGCUUCACACAUCUGCCAGAGCCACGAAGACUGUAUCCCGUUAACAGUUGUUCUGAAAAUAUUUCAAGAAGGACAGCAUUCUCGUUCAGUAUUAAGUUUUUUUUUAUUCAAGUUUUUAUUUUUUAUUUUAAAAAAAAAGGGGGAAGAGGAACAGCUCACUUCAAGACGCGAGAAAAUCUUCCCAACUCCCAUUCUUCUCGUCUUUUCAGGAUUUUUCUGAAGUGAUAUUUCCAUCUUCUGUUCUUCACACUAGUUUGCACUCACAGACUGGGAACAUGUUGAUGAAAGAGUACCGAAUAUGUAUGCCACUGACUGUUGAAGAGUACAGGAUUGGGCAGCUGUAUAUGAUCAGUAAGCACAGCCAUGAACAGAGUGAGCGAGGAGAGGGAGUGGAGGUGGUGCAGAACGAGCCCUUCGAUGACCCCACGCACGGCCACGGCCAGUUCACCGAGAAACGUGUCUACCUCAACAGCAAACUGCCCAGCUGGGCAAGAGCAGUAGUACCCAGAAUCUUCUACGUGACGGAGAAGGCCUGGAACUAUUAUCCUUACACCAUCACAGAAUACACAUGUUCGUUUUUGCCAAAGUUCUCCAUCCACAUAGAAACCAAGUAUGAAGACAACAAAGGAUGCAAUGACAACAUCUUUGAAAAUGAGCUGAAGGACCAGGAGCGAGAAGUGUGUUUCAUAGAUAUCGCUUACGAUGAGAUUCCAGAGCGCUACUACAAGGAGUCGGAGGAUCUUCGCUAUUUUAAAUCGGAGAAGACGUCUCGCGGCAUGCUGCAGGAAGGCUGGCGGGACACGCAGAAUCCCAUCAUGUGCUCCUACAAGCUCGUCACCGUAAAGUUCGAGGUGUGGGGCCUCCAGACACGCGUCGAGCAGUUCGUACACAAGGUGGUGCGGGACGUGCUGUUGCUGGGCCAUAGACAGGCCUUUGCUUGGGUGGAUGAGUGGAUCGACAUGACAAUGGAUGAGGUGAGAGAGUUUGAGCGAAGGAUCCAGGAGGCCACCAACCAGAAAAUCGGCAUGUUCCCUCCGUCUAUUUCCAUUGGCGAGACGCCGCUCUCAUCUCUGGCUCCCAGCGGCCCUGCCAGUGCUCCAUCCACCCCGCUCUACACCGACGCCCCCGAGUUCCUCUCUGUCCCCAAAGAGCGGCCUCGCAAGAAAUCCGCCCCUGAAAUGCUCAGUCUGCCUGAACCCGGCCAGUCGGUGCCUGUUCCAGCCCCUAACCACGCCUCGCUCAGCCCUGCGUCCAACCAGACAGAGUGAUUGGGUCUGUGCCACGCCUCCUUGUGACUUCUUCCUUCAAUCAGGAUUUUGUAAACACAAUUCACUCACUUGGCUACUUCCACUUGCUCCAUGUUGCAAAUUUCUAAAAGACUCCAGUUUCUGACCAUGUAAAUGGGCUUCCUCACUUCAUGGUAGCCUCUGACUCAACAGUUUAUAUUUUCUCAUAUUUGGAAAUAUCAGAAAUGUUAAAUAUCUGCAUUCAAUUAUUGUGAUGUGUUUUUUUCUGUUUAAAAGUUUAAAAAAAGUUUUUUUUCUGUUUAUAAGUUUAAAAAAAAACAGACCAUAAAGGCUACAUAUGAAGGCUUGUUAAAAGUACCUGUUAUUUUUAUUUCUCCCAUCAUUUUAUCAUGAAAUCAUUUAAUAUGAUUAGUUGACUACCCAUUGUGGCUUAAAUACAGUUGCCUUAGCAACUACAAAGCAGGUAUACCUGAUUAGGAUCAUGAACUAACAUGAGAUGUCAUUUUAAAGUAAAAGUUUGUAAUUUUUAGAGUUAUUUUCCACCUAUAAUGUGAAGAUUGACAGGCCCUCCCUUUCCUUCCUACUGGCUCCACCCCCUCUGUUGAAAAUGCCUUAUAGAUUGCGUUUUAGGGAGGAACAGAGAAGAGCAUUUCUGCUUUAACUGGGAGCAGAGUUAUAAAUUCCAGAUGGAAAAAAAAUGGAAAUGGAAACAGGAAAUGGAAAAAAAGUAGUAAGAUUUAUUUUAUGUCAAUAUUGUGCAUUAUAUUUAAAUAUUUUUCAAUUAUACAAUGAUUAUGGGGUAGAAAUAAUUUUUAAAAUUACAAACUGCAUCCUUAAAAAGUGGCAUCUCACAACAUCAAGGAAGAUAAAUAACUUGAAGAUGGCCAGUGGGGUUCCAAAAGUCUGAGACUGCUAAUGAAAAUGCUUGUAUUUUGGGCAUUUUUUAACAUUUGUAAAUUUAAGCCUUUUUUUUUUUUUCAAAAGUACAUUCUUUACAUGAAUUUCAGAAUUUCUUAGUAUUUGGUGUUUUGCUUUGCUUACAGCAUGCACUCAUAAUAUUGAACUAUUAUAUUGAUAAUUAUAAUAUUGAAAUACUUUUAUUUAAAAAAUUUUCAAAUUCUGAAUAUUUCUGUUUAUUUCCAGUUUUAAAAGAAAAAAAUCUGAUUUUCAGUGUGAUCUCAGACAUUUGAACUCCACUGUUUUUUCAAAAAGAACUUAUUUCAAAGUAGUUCAGUCUUUUUUUUUUUUUUUUUUUUUACUCACUACCAUUUAGCCAUAUGCACACACAUGCAAAUCCGCCUAAUCAGAAUGCUGCUCAGGUCUUCAUUGGUGCCAGCCUUUCCAAAGCCACGGCAGGAAAAAUACGACGUCCUCUCUCAGAUAUUCCAAUAACACAGCCAUCCAGGAUUCCAGGGUUUGUCCUUACAAGCCAGAUUUGUCUUAAUGGAUGUCUUAGAUCUACUUUAUGGAAGUUCUCUGCAGCCAGUGCUACAAAAUAAACUGAAGUUUUAGUCCAAAAAGUGUGGAAGCAGCUUAUAUGACAAUCUGACCAUUAACCACAGCAGGGGUAAGGGACGCUCACAGAGCAUGGGGUAGAAAAUCUAGCAGGGCAUAAUGUUAUAAUCAAUACAAAAAUGUUACAGUUAAUAUAGAUUUUCUGGAUUUUGCUAUUUUAUGUUUUCCUCAUUUGGAAUAUCAGUGAAAAUUAGGAUUGAAUGUUUUAUUGAAGCGAGCAUGUUACAGAAUGUCUGCAUGUAUGAAUGAAAUCAGUAAGUCUAACCUUUCCUGAUGUCCUCUGAUGCCUGAUGAUUUUGCCUCCAGCUUUUAUAAUAAUACCAGUGAACAGGGAAAUACCUUCAGAAAAAUUAUUUUUCAUUUUUGUCCGUUUCUGUGGCAGGUUUCUGCACGUUCUUGGUUAGAGGCAAUGAAAGUCAGGAGAAACAAAAAUGUGACCCAAGGACAUGAUUGUUCCUGGCUGUACUCAUAAAAAUGCUUUCUGAACUAGCUGCUGCUUCCCCUUACAUUGUAGAUGGGGUUUAUUAAAAGUUGCAUGGACUGUUCACAGGCUCUGUAAAGUCCUGUGUAUAUGCAUUUAAGAGGCAGGGACUGCUGGUGAGUUCAGUACGAUUUCUAUAGACGACAGUGCACUGAGCAUGCUCCGAACUAAACAGCAGCUCCAACAGUGCCUCUGCAUGUACAUGUAAAUACGUCAAUCAAUAGAUCUCUAUACAGAUGUCUUUAAGCAUUCUUGAAACUAUUAUGUAGUUUUUCUCCUUCUUUUCUCUCUUUUUUUUCUCAAUUUCUUUAACGACUGGGAGGAAGUGUGAAGCACCUUGAAUUAUAUUUUACAACUUGCACCCAGGGCCAUUUUUGACAAAAGAAGAAAAUACUUGACCAUGCUGCUACUUGAGUCUUUAAUACCGUCCUAAACUAUCUGAUCCAGGGAAAUGUUUUUAGUUUUGAAACUCAGUUUAAGGUUUUUUUUUUAAUAGGCUACAGAAGUAAACAUAAAAAAAAAACCUUCCCAACGUUUAAUUUCUGCAUUAGGCAUGUGCCGAUAUAAAAUUUUUACAUCAUGGUAAUUGCCUAACUUGCUAUCACAGUUCACGAUAUUAUCACAAUUUUGUAAUAAAAUGGCCACAGUUAGGACACUAUCCACAAAAAAGUUAUCCUACAGCAGGGUUCUCACAAAAACCUCAAACUAGACCUGAAACUAUUUUGGACAUUGGAAAGGGAGACAACCUUUUCUUCCUUUUCUCAGUCUUUGCAUGGGAAACCAUAGUGCACAUGUAUUUCUGAUUUGCAAUAUAUAUUAAACAGAAAUGGUUCUGUACAUUAUAUCUACACUGUAUGUGUGUACAGUUUCCCUUUGUUUGCCGUAGACUGUUUGUAAAAAUUGAUUCAAUUUAAUUCCGAUUAUUUGCUUUAAAACAAGAUCUUGGCGGCCACUGACAGCUUUUAAACUAGCCUCAUAAAAUUGACCGCUUGCAACCUUGUUGCAAAACUAGCCCAGUUUGCCAUAAUAAAUGUGACUCUGGCAACCCUGCUGUAUGUCCGUUUUGGUUUAGCAAGCCACAAUAAAAUUUUAUGUACCCUUUCAGUUACACCAGUGGUCCUUAAGAUCAGAUGAUAAGCCCUAAAGAUGUACAAUUAUGUUCUUGUUAACUUAAUGGAUUAAAGGUACAGUCAGUGAUUUUGAAGCUAACUGUUUUGAAAAAUAACUCCUUGGAAUAACUGAUGUGGAGCAAGGAGGCGUCUGUGCUCACCAGUCUGAUGUGCCACAGAUACCAGGUUCAGAUAUUUUAUUCACAGUUAACCAGAAUUAAUGAGAAUUUUUCACCAAGUGGUCUGAUCUAAAAAUCACUGACCGCACCUUUAAGUGUUUACCUCCUCUGUACUGACAAGACAGCAUUUUCUUGUCGUCUUUUCAUAACAGUUUUAGGGGCAUGUUCCUGUUGGUGGUAAGAAAUUGUUAAAUUAAUUGAGUCGUGUCUACUAAAAAGAGAAGGAACUAUUUUCCUUACAUAUUGUUUAAAAUAAGAAAUCAUAGAGGACACCUGUCCUUCUGCUGCCUUCUGAAUUACAGACUUGUCAUAAGCAAUGUACAGAAAUGCUGCCUACCUGUGUUACCACAUGGAAUGAUGAUAUUUUAAUGUGUUCAUGAUAACAAUAUUGUCCUGUUUUUUUUUUUUUAUAUCAGUGUUUAUUAUAUAUUAGUUAUUAUAGCUGGAAGCCUAAUGUAUAACAUUAACAGCAAUUUAAAUAAAACAAGGAGAAGCGAUGUUUAUAUGAUACAAAACAUUGCAGCUGGUUUGGGUUCUGUGCGUGGACAGUUAAAACCUCUCAUGGAUAGAAUUUUUUACCCUCUAACAGAUCCUUAGUCACACAAUAUUAAUAAAUCUCUGAUAUUAAUAGAUUAAUGAUACAUGCCAAUCUUGCAGCAGCAAACUGAAUGAGCUAACACUGGAGGUGUUUCUUGAAUACAUGGACCAUUUGCUCUUAAAAUUCGUAGCACAAUUGCUGAAAAUGUCGCCACGGAAUUAGCUGUGUGUUUACUAGAACAAACCAUGGUGUUUUAUUCCACGUACACCAGAGUGUUAUUGUGGAAAUUAUUAAUAUGCUUUAUUAGGCAGCAGUUAUGCCCAAAGGUAUUGAGAUAAAGUCUAUAAGAUUCAAAAGGCAGUAAAGGAAUCCAGUAAUUCUGUUCAAUGGAUGAGAUGAGAUGAGAUCGUGAUAUGGUUGCAAUUAUCAUACACGAUUUCUAUCAGCACAUGUCUGCUUCUACUAUUCUAGGACUUGCAGCAGUUUCUAAUUGGCGCUUUAAGAAAAAUUUCCUGUGUAUUAUUUAUCAAAUAUGUAGUAAAACACCCUUAAACCUCAGCACAGCACUAUGUAUGUUUGCACCACGCUGCCAGGAAAUUAUUUCUAUCCAAACCCACCAUUGUGCUCCUGCCUGAACUGAGUUUGUAAAUAUUAGUUUGUACAGUUUCAGCCUUUUUUUUGUGGACGUGAAGUGAAAACCAUUUGGAAUAGAUAUUUUGUUUGCUUGUAAAUGGAAGGUUGUUAUUUUGAACUUUUCUUGUCAGAAUUGUUUUAACUGCAAAUGCUGUUUUACGCGAAUGCCUGGAUGGUCAACAAAAAUGAGCCAGAUGAAAUUUAUAUUUGCUAGCCUUGCUUUCUGUUGCGAUAUUUCUUGUUUGAAGGAGUAGCAUAACAUAGAAGAAAAACAAUUCAAGAUUCUAUGAUUGUUUUUUUUGUUUUGUUAUUUUGGGAAUUUUCCAUUUUUGUACAUUUUGAUAAGUAGUGAUUUUGUCUUGAUGUUUUGCAGUUUGCUCUUUACUUCCUCUGUGGCCUGUUUUCUAUCAGUAGCAGUGAGGUGAUUUAGUCGUCAAAAUCUAAUCAGCCCUGCUAUAGAUCUAACAGUUAAAGGCAUUACUACUUACUGAAAGUUUACAUCUAAUUGUAAUAAAACACUCAGUGAUUGGAGCAAUCACAAUACCUGAAGUCUAACUGUCACAUUUCCCAUUUGCCUCGUAAUUGCCUCAUAAUUACAAUGAGGUGCAUAUGGAUAUUCAUAUAUAUUUCCAUAUAAUGUUUAUAAUUAUAUGAAAAAGAAAAAACUGGUUACUGCCUCACUAAGCAAUGUUUUAAACCAGAAUUAUAGGUUUGCUUUUUGCUUUAAAAAAAAAAAAAAAAAGUCAGUGUUCAAUUUACACUUGAACCAUGGAGCCGAUGAUGUAGCUGCUAUCGGCAGACAUUUAAAGUUUGUUUAAAAACAAGUAAAUGGGACCCUCUGAUAUGUAGCGCACGUCGAUUAACAAUAAUUAAACAAGACGUUGACUAUAAUUUUGUUUAAUUGGCUUAAACUCAACAUGCGUUCCUGUAAAUCCAUCCAAAACAACAAGUUAGAAUGAACGCUUCACCUCUGCAGCCUCUGUCUAAACAAAAAGCAGGGAAGUGAUAUUAUUCUGAAGAUGUCCAUGACUCUACUGUGUGUUGAAUUUUUGGAAGCAAUUAUUUGCCAAAUUACAACAGUGUAAAAAAAAAAAAAAAAAAAAAAAAAAGCCCUGAAUUUCUGCUCAGAAGUUUGCAUUAAAUCUGAAGCCAUAACAAUAGAAAUCCUAAUGGGAUUUUCAGUUCUGAUAUUGUCCAGUUUUAGCAUUUAGCAUUUUAUCUUUUAAAAAAUUAGAGUGCUGAAUUCUAAAAGUCUUUAAUUUUCCAUUUCCUUCCUCAAGUCUUGCUUUGCCGUCCAGGCCUAGAGGAGAGGACUAAGCAUUUUCAUUUCAUUUUAGCCAUAAAUUUCUGGUGAUGUCAUGCUGCCUACCGAGGCUGCCUACCCUAACAGAGUCCUCAUCCACGACCAAGUGCCGUCCUUUUUGGCCUCUUUAGGUUCCUGUAUAUUUUGUUCUGAUUCGUUGUAAUUACUGUUUUCCUAAAUCUUGUAGCAAAUAAAAACUGACUUGCUAUGAUGUA